AUGGGAAAGCUUGAUGGUAAAGUGGCUCUCGUCAUUGGUGGAUCUGAUGGAAUCGGAUUUGCAAUAGCCGAACUGUUUGUCGCGGAGGGCGCUUUUGUAUUUAUCACGGGACGACGACAAUCAAUGCUCGAUGAGGCCCUGAAGAAGGUUAACUCAGAUAAAAAGUUAACUGCAAUACAAGCGGAUUGCUCUAACAUGGCCGACAUAAACAAGGUAUACACUCAAAUUAAACAAGAAAAGGGUCAUUUGGACAUUCUUGUUGCUAAUGCAGCUGUUGCUAAAUUUGCUGCAUUGGAAUCGGUUACUGAGCAGCAUUUUGAUGAGACAUUCAAUACAAACGUCAAAGGAGUACUAUUCAAUGUUCAAGCGGCAUUGCCAAUUUUUAAAGACGGUGGUGCAAUUAUUAUUCUCGGAUCCGUCGCUGGUUGCAAAGCAGUACCUGCCUUCAGCGUUUACAGUGCAACAAAGGCAGCUCUGCGUUCAUUUGCUCGAAGUUGGUCGGUCGACCUUAAGAGUCGAAACAUUCGUGUAAAUACGCUUAGUCCAGGGCCUAUUAAUACCACGGAUUUUACACAACAACCAGAAGAUAUCCAGAGCCUAAUCAGAUCCAAACCGCUUAUGAAUCGAAUUGGAGAGCCCGAAGAGGUGGCAAGAGCUGCUCUUUUUCUUGCCUCAAACGAGGACAGCAGUUAUAUUACAGGAAUCGAACUUUUUGUUGAUGGUGGUACAGCACAAAUUUAA